AACGAGGUGGAGAAAAUGUGUGUAGUGCUGCUACCUUGCCUACUAGUGGUGUGACUUCAGUGUUGGGUUGACGGGGAAGUGAAGGGGAAAACACAGCCGAAAAGUUUAUGGAAUUAACGUUAUACCCUCAUCACAAGUGCUUAGUUUUACAAAACAAGGAUUAUCACCGCCAGAAGAAAAGUUACACAGUGGGACAUGCAGAGCCAGGCUGUGUCCCUGCGGUGGUAAGCUCCAGCCAGCAUUCUCACGGUCAUGGCGUCAGAUCGAGAGGGGCGUGGGUGUGAGCUUCCCAUUGCCCCAGGCCAGGUGUACAUUGAGGUGGAGUAUGAUUAUGAGUACAAGGCCAAGGAGGGCCAGAUCUCCAUCCGCCAGGGAGAGUGCUACAUGCUGGUGAAGAAGACCAACGAGGACUGGUGGCAAGUGAAGAAAGAGGAGGGGACCAAGGCGUUUUACAUACCAGCGCAGUAUGUCAGAGAGGUCCGCAAGGCCCUCAUGCCCCCUCCAAAGCCUCUGCACCUGGCGCAUCACGGUGGAGGGAGCGGGGGGAACUCGGUCUUGGUCAAGGCAAGCAUCUCUAACGAGAACCUGAACUUGACCAGUUUCAGCCGGCCCUCUCCCUCGUCACCCUCCCCCUCCUCGUCGUCGAGGGCUGCCCUCACCCCUCCGAGCCAGCACAGGGACAGGGACGCCAACCUCACAAACCAUGACAGGGCCCUGGCAGUCAUUAUAAAGAACAACCACACCCACCCCCACCCUCACAACCAUGCUGCUGGACGAGGAUGUAACACGCUGCCCCGUGCCGAUGCCACUUCCCCUGAUCUCCGCAGGGUGCCCCUGAAUGUGGAGAUGGCCCCGGGGCACUGUGACUCAGAGGGUUCGGAGAGACGCAACGACUCGGAGUCUGGAGACGAGCUGAGCAGCUCUACUGAGCACCUGCAGACUGUCUCUCCGUCGGGUCAGGGUGGUAGACCGGAGUCUCCCGUCUACUCUAACCUUCAGGAGCUGAAGAUCUCUCGGUCGAGCCUACCCCCCAACCCCUCCAGCUCCCCACUGCAUGUCCUGGGGGACUGGGAGACACACAAGGACCAGAACGGCAGACACUACUACUUCAACCGCGCCACCCAGGAGCGGACAUGGAAGCCCCCCCGAGCCAAGGACGCUAGCAGUGGUAGCAGCAGCCGGGGGGAGACUCACAGCAAAAGCACUGGGGAGGCAGAGACAACUCUGCCUCUCUCGUUCUCCCCAUCCUUCCUUCCUCUCCUCUCGCUCGCCAUUGGUCGCUUCCAGCCUCUGUCGUUGGAGGACAACUGCCACAGCACGUAUUCUAGCCAAUCAGACAGACAGUAUGGCUCCCCGCCUCGAGGUUGGUCAGAAGAGCUGGAUGAGCAUGGACACACUCUGUAUGUCAGUGACUAUACUUAUGAGAAGUGGAUAAAGCAUGUUGAUGAACAGGGCCGACCCUACUACUACAGCGCUGACGGCUCAAGAUCUGAAUGGAUGCUGCCCAAGUACAACCACUCCCCUCCUCUCCUGCCGGGCGGAGGAGACACCCCUAAGAGCCGCAGUCUGGACAGGAAGCAUGUAGAGCCCAUCGUCCUGACCAAGUGGAGACACAGCACCUACGUACUGGACACCAACGACAAGGAUGCUGCGUUGGGCCCCAAGGUCCCCGGCUCUCCUGACUCUGACUCCUCAGACCCCUCGUCCCUCAAGCCCCCCACCUCUCCUUCAGAGAAGUGUGGUCUUCUUAACGUGACCAAGAUCACUGAGCAUGGCAAGAAAGUGCGGAAAAAUUGGACGUCGUCCUGGACAGUCCUCCGGGGCUCCUCGCUACUAUUCACUAAAAGCCAGGGGGGCGGGACCAGCUGGUUUGGAGGCAUCCAGUCCAAGCCAGAGUUUACUGUGGACCUGAGAGGAGGAUCUAUAGAGUGGGCUUCCAAAGACAAGUCCAGCAAGAAGCAUGUUAUAGAGCUGAAAACCCGUCAGGGCACGGAGCUGCUGAUCCAGUCAGAGAAUGACAGUUUCAUCAAUGACUGGUACAGAGCACUCACGGACACCAUCAGCACACACACCUGGGAGUCAGAUGAGGCCAUAGAGGAGGACAUGCCAGAGUCUCCUGGAGCUGAGAAACAAGACAAGGAGAAAGAUCACCGAGACUCUAAGAGCAGAGCCAUGAAGAGUUCCACCAGUAUGGACACAUCAGAUGACAAGAAGACCAGACACAAACUUAUGAAGUUCCUCACACGCAGACCCACUCUGCAAGCCGUCAGAGACAAGGGCUACAUCAAAGACCAGGUGUUUGGCUGCAGUCUGAGUGACCUCUGUCAGGGAGAGAACGCAUCCGUGCCAAGUUUCGUCACGAUGUGCAUCGACCACGUGGAAAACAAUGCUCUGAAUGUGGACGGGCUGUACAGAGUGAGUGGGAAUCUGGCGGUCAUCCAGAAACUACGCUUCGCUGUCAACCAUGAUGAGAAGGUGGACCUCGAGGAGGGAAAAUGGGAAGACAUCCACGUGACUACGGGCGCGUUGAAGAUGUUCUUUAGAGAGCUACCUGAACCGCUCUUCACGUACAACUUAUUCCAUGACUUUGUCAAUGCCAUCAAGAUCCCAGACUACAUGCAGCGUGUCCAGUCUAUCAAGGAGCUGGUCAAACAGUUGCCCAAACCCAAUCAGGACACCAUGCAGGCCCUCUUCAAACACCUCAGGAAGGUGAUUGACCACGGCGAGGAGAACCGUAUGACGACCCAGAGCGUGGCCAUAGUGUUCGGGCCCACCCUGCUCAGACCCGAGACAGAGACCUGGAACAUGGCGGUCCACAUGGUCUAUCAGAACCAGAUAGUGGAGCUCAUCCUGCUGGAGUACGAGGGGAUCUUUAGGUAGACACCAGAGGGGCGACUUUUCCCCGUGUACAGAUCUAGUACCAGCUUACGCUCCCCCAAUCCUAAUCUUAACCAUUGGCGGGGAGAAUGCCAAACUGACCCAGGAUCAGUGUUUUGUCACGGUCUAUGGUAAUGAAUACAACCGCCGGCCUACUCUCUGAACACCACCACCAUGACCAUACAGAGCUCUCAACCUAGCCCAACCAGACCAAACCCAAGCCUCAUCUUCCUCUAAACCCGUGGUCAUUCACAGCACACCUCAGAUUCCAUCCCCCACAGACCAAACCUGUAUGAAUACAUGGUAAAAACAAAGGUGGACUUGACUCUUUGCACUUAGCUGCACACAUGUAUGCUUCCCCCCUCCUCUUCUCACCAUGGCUGGAUUUGUGGGACUUUCUGCCAAAGACAAAAAUCCACUUCUGUCCAUACACUGGAUUUCCAUGGCCAGUACCUGAGUUAGCCUCUCGCCUGGAUAGACUGGCCGAAUGGAGGAUACUGUCCGGAUGGAGCGUUGAAGAGAGGACAGACACUAUAUUAUGGUUAGGGUGGAGUAACAACCUUGAUAUGUUCAAGAUAGGUGGGUCUGUCAGGCAGGCCUCAGUAACCUCAGUCUCCCAACAGUGGCAUCAGUAUUGCAGGGGGAGGGUCUAUCUAUCCACUAUUCUGGCUGCACUAGACAGUAUUUAGUCUACACUGUACAGUAUAUUUACCUGUUAAGGACAUGCAGACCAGACUGUAUAGAGAGGUCUGUCUGUCUCUUGCUUGGUCUCUCUGUCUGCUGGGACACCUUCAGCUCCUCUACCAACACAAUGUCUGCGUCCCAAAACGACUUCUGCACAGAGCCCUAUGGGCCUUUGUCAAAACUGAAAUAGUGAGCUAUAAUAGGGAAUAGGUUUGGUGGCAUUUGGGACUCAGGCAAUAAAAUACUUUCCCUUUAUUUUCUAUAUGCUGUUCGUUCAGGCACCUCUUCUCUCUGUGGGCUCAACUAGAGGAUCAAUGAAUGUCUGUAAAUAAAGUGGCUUUGUCUCCCUCUGCUGUUUCUAAAGCACAGAGCUGGGGGAGUGUUGUGUGUCCCAAAUGGUAAUCUACUCUCUAUAGAGUGCAUCAUCAAAAGUAGUGCACUAAAUAGGGUAUAGGGUGCCAUUAGAUACGCAAGCCUGUAUGUACCUGUAUGUCAUGUAAUGAGCUAUGUGGUAGACUCUUACCUCCUAAUACAGCCCUGUGUGUGCGUGCAUUUCUGUGUGUGCGCUCGCGUAAAGGCCUCAGCACGCAUCAGAAAUGACCCAUCUCCUCUAAAAUACACACUUCUUUUCUCUCUCUCUCUCUGGAGAUACUGGAAGCAGUCUGUUUUACACUACUCAAAGGUAGUGCCCUAUAUAGGGACUAGGGUGCCAUUUGGGAUGCUACUCAUGGUUUUACCUCAGACAUUCAUACCAAAACUACUCUGCUUCUCUGGUUUUUAGAACAAGUCCUCUCCUAUCAGUCAGAUAAACUUAAAAACACAGAAGUGGUACCCAGAUGUGUAUGUCGUUGGACUGGUUGUAAAUGUAUUAUAAUAAGGCGAGCAACAUUUAAUAAAUAAAUGUAAGCGACGUGUGUGAAUGUGUGUGUAUGGACGGGGGACAGAUGGACAGGAAGUAUGUUGCACGGAUGUCUGAUAGUAAUUAAAGUACGACUUCAUGGUGACCAUUAGAAACUUGAGGAAACAGACAUGUUUAUUUAAGAUCCAUUCCACCAAAAUUAUAUAAACUGUUUAGGGUUGAAAAAUUCCUGUAACUUUCCUAAAAUUCCCAGGUUUUUCAGAAAUUCCUGUUGGGAGGAUUCUCCAGAUAUUCAACAAUUUCCUCCUGAUUCCGGGAACAUUCAAACCAGGAUUGUUGGAAAGCCUGGGAAUUUGGGGAAAGUUACUGGAAUUUUACAAACCAAGAACUAUUAUAUGAACUGCGGUUUUAAAAGUUUAGUUGUAUUUUUGGUAAGUGGCACAUUUUGAAUGUAAUUAUUUUCCAAACUAACUGCUGUUCAUGACUUCUUUGUUUAAUUGGAAUAAAGGCCUCCAUUGAGACCCUGUAAAAACC